CCAGAGCGAGCAGAGGACACGUCAACAAUUCUUGUCAACAAAUUUAAUUCAGUUGUUUUUGGAGUGAAAUGUUUAGGAGGGAAGUUUUGAAUUUAAAUAAAGAUGGCAUGGACAGGAUUUACAGAUGAACAGCUAAAUGCUUUAAAACAAACUUCCAAUGAGGGAGGAAUGCCUGCCAGAGGUGGUCGAGGUCAGCACAACCAGAGGGGCAGGGGAAGAUCUGGAGUAAGCAGGGGUAGAGGAAGACCAGGGCCAUCCCAGGCUGUGGUAUGUUUAACAGCUGGGUCAAAUUAAACACAAUUAGAGGGGCAGGGAUGAUCUUGGCUAAGCAGGGGUAGAGGAAGACCAGGGCCAUCCAAGGCUGUGAGCCAAACUCCUGUCAGUCCAGACCAAAUGCUCUCCAGACCAAAGCCACAGGGUACCCGAGGGAAACCUGUCUCCUCUGCAGAGCACAGCGUCUGGAGUAAACUAAAUGAGCCGACCCAAAGACGACCUCCUCCAGCGAGAAGGAAAGCCCCUCCCCCACCUCAAGACAAGGCUGAAGACAGACAGAAUGAUGCGCCAAGGGGAGAAGUGGUGGAUCAUAGACGGCUUGAGGAUGACAGCAAGAAGGAAUCUCUGGAAUCUCAGGAAGAGGAGGCAGAGAAGGUCAAGAUUUUAGAUGAAGAGGAAGGGCAUGAGAGAGAGAUUUCUAAACUUGAGGAGUUUCAGAAGAAGCAAAAACAGAUGGAGGAAGAGAAUACAAAGAAGAAAAACCUUUUGGCUAGAGCAAUAGCAGACAGAAAGAAGAAGACCCAGGCAGAAGCCAAGAGAUUGUUGUACAUUCAGAAGGAACUAACUAAAAUAGAAUCACUACUCACAAAUGAUGUGAGCAUACUCCGAGACAAGAUAGAGGAAGCAAGCAGAGAUUUCAACGAUGCUCAGCGUCGUUAUCAAAAAGCUGAGGCAGAGUUCGUAGCAGCCAAGACCCAUCUUCAUAAAGCUUCUGAAAUGAAGGAGGCCCUUACAGAACAUCUAUGCACCAUCAUCCACGAGAACGAACUCCGCAAAGCACGGAAGCUCGAAGAGCUUGUCAGCAAACUUGAAGUUGAAAAUCUUGACGAGUUUGAGAUUCCGGAUGAAACGCCGCCUACCUCACCAGUGCCAAUAACAGUCCCUCACCAGCAAGAGGUUACUAAUCACCCCUCAAAGGACAAUGGAACAGCCCAUAUAUCCAGCAAUAACUCAGGGAGCAUGUCCAAUCAACUGGAACAAUCCAUUGUAUCUUCAGGAAGUUCCUCUGACAAACUUGAUUCCCCAGCUGCACCUGACAUCACGACUCUUUCAAAAAGUGCUGAGCAAACUGAUGAAAAAGCAAAUGAAAAAGCUGAUAAACAUGAAGAGAAAAUUGACAAUGAAAUCAUUGUUUCAACAGUUUCUUGUGACCAAGGUGAUAAAAAUACAAUAACUAAAAUUGAAGGUGACUCGUCGAGUGACCAGCCAGAGGCAGAGCAACAUGUAGAGAUUAGUGAAGAUAAGACAUGACCACUGCUAGUCUUAAUCCAGCUAAUUCACUUUCUGUUAUACCUUUUAGGGGACUGUUUCAUAAACGCUUUCAUAAGAUUAGGCAUGACUUUAUGAGGGAUUGGAAUAUGAAGAGCGAGAAUAUGAGCUAAAUGUUUUUCUUGAUUUUUAACAUCAGUCAAACUUGUCUAAGUGGCCCCCUGUCUAUAGCAGCCACCUGCCUAUAAAGGUCACAUUUUGUGUUUCCCUUGGGUGGUCAGCAAAGACUGGUUUAAUGUAUUAUAAGAAUAGCAUAUAAGAGUUCUGGGGAAACAAUAUGAUUAGCGGUAACAGUUAUGUUUUUCACAUAAUUGUUUGUAUUCAAAUUGAUUGAGCUUUCAGCUUAUUCUUAUUUUGUAUUCCAGUCAUUCAUGAAAUUGCUUGUUACUUUAUGAACUCCUUCAUGGAACACCCCAGGGGGCCAUUUCAUAAAGCUGUUCAUAAGUUAAGAGUGACUUUAAGUACGACUGGUGAUCCUUUAUUGUGGUAAAUGAUAUUUACCAUUAAAUGUCCAUUCAGGAUUACUUAUUAUGUAAGAAAGCUUCACUAGUUCUUAAAAUCACUCUCAACUUAUGAACAGCUUUAAGAAUCAUCCACCAGGUAAGGAUAUAUUACAGCUUUCUAACAGGGUGAAUAUUUAUUUUGAUAAUACAUUGAAGUACAAUCUAUAAUUUUUUUUAUUUUGGAGAUAAAUAAUUGAUUUUUAGGUUUUAUAUUACAGGAGAAUCCUAAUUUAGAAAACCACCAAUGAGGUGAAAAACAAUAUUUAUCUUAGAUAAUUAGACCUGUGGUCUUUAUGGAAAGCUUUUUCCCCUUUUUUUUAGCUCAUGUAAUGUGAAACUACAGUUAUGGCUUAUGUGAAACUACAGCUAUGGCUGUGGCAGUGCCAAGAUUUGGAGUUAGAAGAAGGGGGGGGGGGGGCAUAAAGAGCAAAUAAGAAAAAAAGGAUGCAGAUGACAAUUUUCUUUGAUUGAGUUCCAUUGAUACACUAUAUAUAUGUUCAAUGGACGAUUCUCAAAAUAGAGAGAUAGGAUUUAAACAGGAUAUCAAUUAAUUGAUUAAUUUAUAUUUAAAAUCAAAAGGAUUUCCCAUAAAAUUUGAGAUAUGACAUUGCCCCCCCCCUGCAACCAUAUACAUUAUCGUGAAUAUGAAUGUGAAAUUUAAAUGCAUGAGAUGCUCUUUAUGUUCAGAGUCAAAUUGCAUAGAAUUUUUAAAUGUAGAUGGGAUUAACAAAAGUGCACUUGAAUUUAGUUUGAUAAACUUUACAUACAAUCUGAGAUUUAUAACAACUCAAAGUGUUGGUACUUAUAUGUGUACAUAAGAAAGCAGAUUUUAAAAAAUAAGAUUAUAGAAUUUCUAAUAUUAUGUAGUAUAGCAAUACAGUAUUAUUUCAUAUAAAUGAAAAUGAUAUGGUAUUCAAAUAGGUCUUCAUGAAUUUAUUUUUGUAAUAUGACAUCAUUAUAGCGUCCAAGUUUAGUGUAGGCUGAAGUUUGAUAAACAUUAUACUCCUUCUUUGUUGCUCAAAAUCUAAUUGAUAUAUUUUUAGUUUAGUAAACCAAGGAUUAUUAAUUUGUAUGCAUAUAAAAAAAAAACUAAGGUACAGUUGUAUUUUAAAUGUGAACGAAAAAGCAAUAAGAAUUUUACACCUUCACAUAUGAGAGCAAUAUUUCAAUGAGUGUGAAAUCCUGAAUUAUCAUCUCAAUCAUAGAAUAUGAUCCAGUUUCUACAAUAAGUGGUCGUUGUGCCUACACAUUUUGUGUGUACAUUAUGAUACCUAUUAUGUUCUGUUACUACGAAGGUAUUGUGGUAGCCAUGUCUCAUUCUUAAAGGAGAAUGAAACCCUUGAAACCAGCUGAAUCCAUAUCAAAGAGAAAAAUCAAAGAAACAUAUUGUUGAAAGUUUGAGGAAGAUUGAAUGAAUAAUAAGAAAGUUAUGAGCAUUCGAAUAUUGAGAUCACUAGUGCCAUGUAGAUCCUCCCAACGGCAAUGCGACCAAGAUCUGUGAUAUCACACACGUACAACUCCCUCAUUACUUUAAUACUUAUUUCACUUAUAUUCUCACUUUUAUACAGUCUAUCACAAGGUGAGGUGUUCUCUUUAUGAGAUGACAAGUACAGAGGUUUCACAACAUUAUAUCAUUGAUGAAUCGUUUGUCAUAUGAUUAGAAUGAGCAAAAAGAGAUGUUUUGGGGUAUAUUUUCAGUGUCCAAAUGGGAGAGUUGUACGUGUGUGACAUCACAGAUCUUGGUCGCAUUGCCAAUGGGAGGAUCUCCAUAGCAUUAGUGAUCUCGACAUUCAAAUGCUCAUAACUCUUUUAUUGCUAGUCCUAUUUUACUAAAAGUUUUGUUGAUCUUAUUCUUUGAUUUUUCUGCUUUCACAAAAGCUAACUUGCUCCAAGAGUUUCAUUCUCCUUUAAAGAUAAAUUCUUGAUGAAAAUUUCAUCAACAACCAAGUGUACUAUUAAGCAAUAUGAAUGGCCCUUUAUCAAUGAAGACAGUCAUCAUGAAACCUUGCUCGGUAAUCUUUUCCCCAAGUUUAAUAUUUUUGGGUGUUAUAUCGUGAAUCUGUUUGGCCUGGGAGGAAUUUGACAUAUGAGCAAUAAUGUACAGAUAAUUUUUAGUAAUAUUCCAACUUUGAGAAUUAUGUGCUAAUGAGAUUCAACUAAUGCAAGGUUGGCAGUUAUUCAUUUUAACUUUUCCCAGAGAAACAUAUAUGGUUAACCCUCAAUCUCCCGGGGUAUUUUGAUUCUUGUCAAUCCCGGGGGGGGGGGGGGGGGCAUUAUGGCCCCCCCUUAAGAUCUCGGCCGCCGAUUGCGCGAGCGACGCAAAAAUUUGCACACUGGUAGUGUGCGAUGUAAUCUACAAGGCUGUAUGGUAAAAGUUUCCAAAAUAAUGAGAUUUUAUUUUAUAUGAAUUAAUUAUGCUAAUUUAUGCAUAAAUCAUACUUUUUGCUAUAAUUCACUAAAUAAAGCUCCUAGAAUGCUAAUUUUUGGUAAAAAAAUUCUUUGUAGCAAUCUUAACAAUCGCAAUUAAAAAAACUUCGGUUCGGAAAUCAAUUUCUUAUGUAUUUUUCUGUUUUAUGAAUUUCUUAUGUAUUUCUUUGUUUUUUUACUUUUUGUUUUUUAUUGUUUUUUCAAUGGAAAUCAUUCCAGACUUAGUUCUGAUCAUAAACAAGGCAAAAUUAAUUCAGUUUAAUCAGUAAAAGUAGAAAUAAUGAUACAUUUAUGAAUUUUGGCUAAAUACACAAUUUGCAUUGGAUUUGUACAUGAAAUCACGUUUAUGAGCAAUUUUGGGUCUGACAUGCACUUACAUAAUGUUGCGUAAUGUCGUAACCGUGUACCCGGGCGUCACAAAUUUGGUCUCAAAAUUUGCGCGAGACUUGAAAGUAAAAAGUCAGUGAGCGGCGAGGUCAAAAAAAUUUGCGCAGCAGAUAUAUCGCGAAAAUUGUCAAGGGGGGGGGCCAUUAUGGCCCCCCCCCCCCCGGGAGAAUUAGGGUUAAUCCACCCCAUGUUCUAUAAGCUACACUUGUUAGGGAAAUGACCAAUCCCAGUUACAUUAUGGCCUAUAAGUUCUAGCUUUACAUUUGAAAUAUUAAUUUUACAUAAAAUGUGCCAAAUCUCUUUAAUGACGGCAGUAGAGGCUUUUCAAAACAAAACUGCUUCUUGUAUUGUGUCUGUGGAUUAAUUUCCAGUGAUUCAAACCAAGCAUAGCUUUUCCAUAUUUUCUUACAGAUUAAAAAGAAAAUAAAUGAUUCCUUUGAGUUCAUGGAAAAGCUUUGAUCGAAUAUCAGAAACUGCCAAAAUACUCUCCAUUUGUGCUAUGCUCUCAGUUUACCAGUUUAGGCAUAUACCACUCUGAAGCUGUCUGGUAUUGUUUGGAUCUUGUAAAUCACCAUCUUUUUUCCAAUUUUGUGAAUUAUACGUACUGUCCAAACCUGUAUCUUGGAAAUUCAGAUUAUGAUAAAUGCAAAAUAAAAGAUGAUGGAAUUUCAACUUGUAA